AUGGAGCCGCAGCCGCGGGAGAUUGAUGCGCAUCCUUCUUCCUCGGCGCCGGCGUCCGCUGCUUCCUCGUCCUCGUCGCCGGCGGAGAGCGCUGCCAUGCGAAUCAGAGCUAAGAGGACCUGCUAUGGCUCUGCCUCCUCCGUCUUUGCCGCAUCCGGGCCACGAGGAUGGGCAGAGCUCCCGGAAGAUUUGCUCCAAUGCAUAAUCGCUCUCCUCACCUCCUCCCAUGACUUCCUUGCCUUUGGUGCCACCUGCCGUCCUUGGCGUGAUCUCUUCUCAGCGCACACAUCCUCUUUCCAGCCUCUCCUCCUCCACCCGAGUACCGACAGCCAAGAAUCUCCCUGGUUUAACCACUGGACCAUCUACAAAGGAUGCGCGUGGAGAUUGGCUGAUCCUGCUGCCGCAUCAUCCUAUCCCAGUUUGCUUUCCCUGGGUGAUCUCAGAGCCAUGUUCUUUCUUCGCUGCUCCUACGGUCACCUCAUCUUCAGCGACCGCAAUGGGUUCUACAUUGUUAAUGCAUUCAGCGGUGCUAAGGUUGUGCCUCCUUGCCUCAAGUCAGUUCACUUCAAUCACAUCAGCUAUGCCACCUUGACUGCCCCUGUUGCAUCUGCUGACUCGCAUCUCCUUGUCGGCAGUGGAGCCUAUGUGUUCCAGUGGCGCGUCGGGAGCGACUCUUGGUUGGAACACUUUCCUGGAGUUCUUUUCCUUCAGAUUGAACAAAUAGUGGCCUUGAAGUGCAAAACAUACGCCCUAGGGUCUUUUGGGUCCUUCUGCAUCGUACAAUUGUCACCCGGACUCUUAAUUCAGAAGUUUGAAGUUGUGUUUGAGGAAGACAGAACCAAAAAUCUCUAUUGGACAAAUCAGAAAACAUGGCUCGUGGUGUGCGGUGACGCUCUUCUCUUGAUCAAACUUGAGGCAGGAGGAAAGACGAUAUCCUCGGACGCCGUCCAGUUCAUGGCCUUCAAGCUCGAUUCAUUGGACGCCGUGACCAAUAAGGCAAGGUGGGUGAAGGUGGACAGGUUGGAUAACUGGGCCAUCUUUGUGAGCACCGACAUGCGAUGCCAGGCGUUGCUGUGCAUGAAUCCGGAGAGAUGGGGAGGGAGGAGCAACCACGUAUACUUCCCAACUUAUCAGUCUGAACAACCAUGGGCUGCAGUCCAACUAUGGCAAAAAUGUAACGAUGAUUCAACACAUUUGCAGCUCAGGUACACCGGAAUCCGGUACCCUAGAUUGGAGUCAACAUGGGUCGUUCCCAGCACAUUUCCUCUCUCCGGUGAGUAA